AUGAAUGACGGAGGCAGGGAGGUAUUCUUUGGGAACGGUGCGUCGUGGGACUCAUCGCCACGACCCCCGCCACAUCCUUCGGAUCCCGGCGCUCCCUUCUCGAGUGUGUCUGGCGCCCAAUGCACGCAACCGGUUUCGUGUUCAACUCCGUCACCGUCUUCAUGCACUGAGUUGACGGCCGCCUCGUCCCCGUUUUCUGCACCGUGUUCGUCUUCCCUUCCGUCUUGUUCGCCUUCGGCUUCUCUGUCCUCGUCGCCUGUGGCCCUCUGCUCCCCCCCGCCCCGUUCACUCUCUGCGGUCACUCCCUGUCAAGCCUCUCCAGCCUCGUCCGUCGGUGCUCAAGACACGCACACGUCGGCAUCUGUCUCCGAGCCCCAGGGGACUGUCCUUAGUUCUUCGCUCCUCGCUAGCCCUGAUUCGGCGGACAGCGUACUUGCUCGCGACGCUGGAUGUGAACGGGUUCUGUCCCCCAAUUCCUCUCCCUUCCUUACAUGUGCUCCGUGUUCGCCACGUCAGCGAGACGGUAUUGAGACACGCCCCGGGCCGUCUCCGGUUUCGGGCGGCUGUCAGGAAACAGGCUGUUUGCAGGACGGGACCGGUGGUGAAUCUCCGUCGUCUCCUCAGUCCAUGUCGCUUCCUCCCUCGUCGUGUGCCAUUCCCCAGGCCUCUGCAGGCUCGAACACAGAGGAGUCCGCUCGUCACUGCGCGGAUCAGGUGUGCGCCUCGCUGCAGGUGUCUCCUGCCUCGUCUUCGUCGCCCUGUCAGGCCGUUGCCAUCGCGUGCUCGUCCGCGUCGCAGCCUUUCACUUGCGUUUCCAAAUCCUCGCCAGGCCGACAGUGGGCGUGUGAGCCUGGGGUGUCUUUGCCGUUCAAGCCGCCGCCCGGUGGCGAGCCGUCUGGAGCGAUGUUGCCCGUGGCGUUAGACGCGUUGACUGUACAUGGGCAACCCUCAACGCACGACAAUGGUGCCGUUCCUCGACACGACGUAGCUCGCAACGGGAGAGAUGGGGACAGACCAGCUGAGCCUUCUGGAGAGGCGCCUUAUACAGGCGUGUCGGUUCCGUUGGGCCGUAACUUCUCAUCCGUUGCAUCUGAUCUUCGCUCCCCGCCUCGAACGCAGAAGGCAUUGGGCCGCCCGUCAGACGCGGCAAACUCCGUUUCGUCUUCCCCGUUUUCUCCUGUCUCUCGGGCAAGCAGAAUCGGCCCUUCGGAGUCAUCGGCGCCGGCGUCUCUCGCAGACGCACAGCACACAGGGGAAGUCAGCGCUGCUGCGGAUGCGGUUUGUGGGGGUGGUGCUGGCGGAGCGGAGCAAGCUAAAUCACGUUUGCGGUUUAAUUCCUCUGCAACAGAAGACGCUUCCGUUUUCCCCUGUCCAUUGGGCUCUGCGUUUUCCCAGAGGGUGCGUGGGGGGGAGGGCGAAGCCAGGCUAAACGAUUUGACCAGUGCAUUUGAAUUCUUUCGACCUCGCGCCUCUCCGUUUCCCUGCACAGUCACCCAGCAAGCCGAAAUGUACAUCCAACUGCUCACGGGGUUGGUAAAACUCCGUGCGUCUUUCUGGCGCUCGCCGAGACGGUCGCACGCGUUCUCAUUCCAUAUUUUUCAGAUUCAGAACGCAAAGAGCGACAGCGAUCUUGUUCCGUAUCGACAGAUUUUCGAGCCCCUUUUCAGUCGUCUGGGCCUGCCGCUCGCUCACACGCCAGCCGUGCCACACCUUGCAGAGUGGGUUCUCUUGAAGAAUCUUUCAUCUGCCAGAGAGGCCGAGGAAGAGCAGAGAGAAAACGAGGGUCCGGUGGACACCGAACGCGGGCAGCAUGGAGAAGCUGCUGCCGGGAGACAGUCGAACGGGGGAAGCAAAAGACACGCAGGGGAGUCAGCGUCUGCCUCCGGGCGAAGGCAUGCGCGUAGUGACCGCUCCCCGCCGCCCUCGCCCAGUGAUGACGACGUCGUCGGGCUCUCUCCAUUUUCAGGUGAAGGCGUCGAAGGUCAACGCUGUUCUGCCUUCUCCCCGCUGCAAAGCGACAGAGAACGGGAGGGAAGUCCAAUCACGGAGCUCGUGAAGCAAAAUGGGCCGCCGUGUCUGGGGCGUGCUCUGGAGGACGUCUACCAGGCCUUAGACAGUCUCUUUAUGUCUUCCAAACAGGCACACGACCUUUGUAUGACACCGGCCCUUCCAGAGGGUCUUUUCGAAUCGCCUCAGGAUGCGUCGUCGGUGGACAAGGUCCGUGGCGUACAGCCGACCCGGGGCCUGUCGUUGUCGGCCUUUGCUGCCGAGCGUCUGGGACCGCCCCUCUCUCGUUUGCGCUCAGGAAGUUUAGGAGAGACAGAGAGGCGGUGUGUCGCGCCAGUUGCAGGGCGCGGUUCAGGGGCAGUGACCGCUUCUCUGUCUUCUCGCUUGAGCGGCUUUUUCCCUCAGCCGCACGGCAAGCAAAGCUUCUCCCGAUCAGGUGCCUCUGCGCUGUCUCAUCCAGAUCACGGACUUCGGUUCUUCCUGUGCCCUGGCGGGUUAACAGGCAAACGUGACUGGAGAGGGGAAGAGCUUCCAGGGGGACAGCCGCUCUGUCUUCAGCACGAUGUUCAGAUCUCGUUUGGGGAGGUGCCGGCUUCACCUGCUUCCGCUGUCUCAGUCUCGCUCCUUGUCUCCCCCGUAGGUCAGACACUGCAGUCGUCGUCUGGUGUUUCGUCCCCGCCUCAAAUGCAUCGUUCGCCGUCGUCAAAUCCCCGCCAAGACGGCACCGGAGCUCUCGGCGCUAGCGAGGUGGGCAACGCAGCUGCGCCUUCUCAGGGGACCUCCGAGCUGCCUUCGGCCCAUCGCCCAGUCGUGGGCCUGUCGGUGGUGGUACCAGCAGGAGCGCCGCCACGCAGCGGAAAAAUGACAACACGGGGGGCGGCACCGGCGACUCAGGCAGGGGUUGAUCCGGGCGCUACUUCAGCGGAGAUGCACCCGUCAGGUGAAGUUGCCCACGAAGGGAGAACGAUCCCUCCCUCUCUUCAGGCAUCAGCCACAGACGCAGCGUCUAGCUUUCCACCGGUAUGCGGCGCAACGGAUGCGGCAGCGACGCCAUCUUCCGGCCAAAUGGCAGACAAGACCCGAGUCUCGGAAGGUAUGUUCCUUCCAGGGGGAGAGGGAAAACAAUGCAUCGGCGGUCCGAUGGAGGCUUCUGUGUCCUCCUCCCGUCCUUCGUCCCUCACAUCUUGCGGUCAAGGCGAGGGGUCGUCCGGUUCUGCGAACGCGUCUGUCUGCCGCAUGUUUCAAGAUCAGCAGCCAUACCUUUCUCAAGCGAUUGGGUUGCUGACUCUGAAUGUGGUGAGCCCAGGCGGAGGACCGGGAACCAUCGCAUCAGCGUGCGUCUCCAGUCCCAGUCCAACUUGUCUCCGCGCAAAUGGGGCGCCGUAUGCGGUCUCAGGGGCGGAGCAGCCCCAGGCGAUGCGGCGGCGGGGAUCAUCUCAGCCGCGCUCGCACGCCUCGCUUCACCCCUCUUCUCUUGCGGGGUCUGCGACUUGCCCGUCAUCGGGCGUGCAUGCGCCCUUCAGCCCGACAGAAGCGACCGGACAGGGGACGGUCUUUCCGGUGUCGCUGGAGGCGACGUCCGUGCCGCCAAUGCAUGCCAAGCGCGGCAGUGGGCGUGUGAGUGCGUCGGCGUCUGCCGCUGCCCCCGCUGCCCAGUCAGGAAGUGCCGUCGCCUCUCAGGAAACGCGAGCGCCUCCCGCUGGAGACGGUGUACAGUCGUCCGUGGGCCAGGGCGGCAACGAGAAGGAUCAUAGGCCAUCGGGCAGUGCGGGGGCUGUCUCGGGCACUCCUGGGGAAGGAACCGGAAACAAGCAGGGCGUUCCGCUUUUCUCCUCUUCUUGUGGGGUGCUGCCCUCGUGUCCGUCCUCUCUGCCAGUCGCCAUUUCGUUGACACCUCUCCAGCUUUCCCAGCUGCAGAUCCACCCGAGCAACUUGGCCCUCUUCACGAAUCUUUCUCUUCCUUCAUCUUCCGCGUUGCUGUCACACGCGACAGGAGGUGUGCCUUCGCCCCUGCUCGUGACGGGAGGAGGAAACGUUUCUCUUUCCCAGCUGGCGUGCUCGGGGAAUGGCCAGGCUCCUGCCAAUGCUUCCGCCGCGUUUCCGUUGCCUUCAUCCGCCGGCGACCCUACGUCUAGUGUCUUUGGCUCUGCGCAGUCACAGGGGGCCACCGGUUUCGGCGUCCUCCCUGCCCCAGGCUUUCUCCUUCAGAAUCUGUCUGGAGCGUCUGGAGGUGCGAACGCGUCCUCGCCGCUCCGUACGCAGGUGACGCCUUCCGGUCAGCUCUUCCUCUCGUAUUCGCUCCCCUCAGGAACGACGCCAGGCGCCGGCGCCAGUGUGAGCAGUACAGCUGUUGGACGGACGCCGUUUGGCGGCCUGAAAUGUGGCCCGCUGAACGUCCCGUUUCUCCGAUUCCCUGCGCCAGCGACUGCGGCGGGUGCGCCAGGGGCGGUCGGCGCUGGUCGCGAGCCAAGCGAAGCGGCUCAGUCGACAGGAUCGGACUCACGCGCGUCUUUAUCUGGUGGCCAAGGGACCGCACCUGUCGGUCGCGCUAUUUCGGCGGUCGCUGGGGCUCCGGCUGCGUCAGCGGGCCCAGGAGUCCUUUCUGCCGCUCGUUCGGUUGCUUUCUGUGAGCGGCGAAGCCAGGCUGGCAGUGAGAGGCAAGGCGAGCUCGCUGUGCCAGGAGCUCCCUCGACGUCAACUGUAGGGUCCGAGGGGGACGCGCUGUGCAGGCCGCCCGGCAGCACGACCCAGAAAGUGGAUGCAUGUGGGGCAGACGAGGAAAGAGGAACCAAAGACGCGGGGGCCGGUUCAACGUCGGACGCGACGUCUCGCUCUCCCUUCCCGCUGUUUCAACUCUUCCGGAACGGCUGGUGGGCCACGCCGAUUCCGCCAGAAGACCCUCCGCUGGACCGGGAUGCAACGGAGGCGCUGCUGUCUUUCCUGCCGUCUUUCCCGGCGGUGGUGUACGACAAAGAGGAGCACUGCUUUUUUUCGCUGUGGCGGAUGAAGGACGGCCUCGUGCAGAGGCGCCGAUGCGAGUGUGCCCUUCUAGGCGUGAGAGAAGCUCAUCGGCAAGCCGUUCAAACCGUCUGUCGAUUGACUCGUCGGCCACCGGGCGUCGUGUAUGACUGCAAGAGUGGGAAGUGGUCCGUGUGCGUCACGCGACACAACGGCCGCCAUCGCGCCUCAUUCUCGGUGAAAAAAUUUGGUUUCGAGGGCGCCCACGAAAAGGCUAUGGACUGGUACGAGGCGAAGCGAGUCCAGUUGGGCUUGCAUGACAAUCCAACAUGCGCGGAGAUCGUUGAUUUCGACGCGGGUGUGAAGGCGAACCCUUCAGCUCUCCUGGAUAUUGUCCGAAAGGCUGUUGACGCUGCCCCGCCUGCACAGCCGGUGCGUACCUCGUCGCCGAGGCAAAAAGCGGAGAACGCAUGCGAGGCAGACGAAGGACGCGAGGGCAACGACAAAGACAAGAAAGCAGAUUCCGCAAAGGGUGGUGAAGGUGAUAUCUGCUCCCGACCUCUCUCUGCCGUUUCGCGCGCUGCGCGAUGUCCAGGCUCCGGUGUGGAAGCGAACGGAGCUGAGGCGGAUUCGUUGCCCCUGGCCGCGUCCUCGGGUUCGUGCUCUUCGUCGUGUUCUGCAGCUGCUUCAUCUUCCGCAUUUGCGCCUUCAGGUGUGCGGCAAAACGGCGCGACGGCUGUAGUGGGGGACAGGGAGGAGAACAGGACGAACACGAGUGUGACAAACGAUCAACAUACUCACGUCAAAGACGGAGCAAUUGCCGAACUGGAAGUAAAAGAGAAAGGACAAGCUGAAGGAAGUCUGCCUGCGCCAAACAACGAGGCGUCCGUAAGUUCUGUUGUCAUCGCGUCGGUUGCGGGGAUCCAGCGGAGACCCGAACUGUGUGAUGACGGGGAGAAAGAUGGAGAGGUGAAAAUGCUCGAACAAACAGAAUCGUCAGUCGCAGGUCCAGUGCUCAACAGUCCCCGCGAAGGAACGCCUGGUGCGACCUCCGUCUGCGCCGCCCCCAGGGUGUUUGGAGGUGACUCGGCUCUUGACUCUUCCGUUCUACUUCGUGAAUCUGCGUCGGCUGUUUCUGGCUCUCUACAGCCGUUUUCAACUGAUGCGCAGCCUACAGCCGAUUCACGCCUUCCCGUCCCGCUGACAGCCUCCCCCGUCACUGCGUGUCCCACCCCCUGCCGUUCGCCGCCGCGGGCUUCCUCUAGCUCUUCUCCGGCAUCGUCUCUGCUUGUAUCUCCUGAUGCUACACUCGCCACGCCUAUCUUGUCUCGGGAUGCGACCGCUGGACCGGGGCCGGCCAACGAUGACCAAAAGGCGCUGUGCUUGACGCCGCCAAACGAGUCGAUGGCCAAGGUAGGAGAAGGCGUCGGGAUGACUCCCAGCAGGGCGCAGAUCGACGCCGCAGGACUGCCAAAUUCCAGUACUGUUAGCGAAGCGUCAGGGGACGCGGGAAGGUCCGUUAGACCGGCUACAGGGGAUGGCAAGCAGUCCUCGGCGGAUGACUGUUCGUCAAAGGCAGAGAAUACAACGUCGGGCUCGCAGGCCGGUACAGAAAAGUUGCAUUCGGUUUCGUCGUGUUCCGCCAGCGAACGAGACACCGUGAAGGAGUGUGCUGCCUCGCUUGUUGAAGGUGCCGCGCCAGGCACAUCGUCUCUUGCCGUGUCAAGCGAGGCUGUUUGGCGUCCGGGUGGAGAUCUGACAGGAGUCCGUUCUCCGGGAGUGUGUGCUCGCUUCGAUGAGAAAGCGGUAGGGCAAGAUGCACAGACGCUGCCUUCAGCUCCCCCGUCUCAUGCUCUCCCAGCAGUGGCAGGCAAUUCAGAACGGCCGCGAACCCCAGACGUGCCCUGCGGCGGAAACAGCCACGGGGAAAGUCCGCGCGACCUUAGUUCGUUGAGUGCGUUUUGGGGGCGUGCAGUGGAUCCGAAGAACAGGGGACACGUGGCAGAAGCGAGCGAGCGAACAGACAAGGGAGACGCAGAGGAAGAACCUGGAAAUGCACUAGAGAGGAAUGCCGAGUGGGCCCCCAGGGCGGCAGCGAAAAUGGGUGACAGUGAAGUCUUGCGGACGGGCCACGGUGCCGGUGCGUCCGCCGGGCGUAUCUCGCAAUUUCCUAACGGCAUGCACCACGGUAGGCAAGACACACAAGGUCCGAAAGGGAGCAAUUUCGAUUCCUUCCCGCCGGAGGACCGCGAGGCUGCCUCGCCUGUGCUGUCGCCGCGUGCCGAGAGGGCGGGCAGUGGUUGCGCAGAUCAGCUGAUGGUGAGUGUAAAGACAAACACAGAAGGCACUAAAGGCGAUGGACCGGAGGCGAGAAACCUCAGCCUUUGUGAAAGUAUUUCCCGAGAAAUCAAGGCAGGAGGCGAGGCCGUCGGAGCCGAUUCAGGAGCAAGGAAACGAGCAUGCGAGGGAGGGCCGGUGGAGUUCAAGAGACGCAAACACGGAACUGAAGGUCUCUCAGCGUGUCUCGAAAUGGGAACUCCCACGCUCUGA